GUUCUCCUCGAUGAACUUUUGUCCACUAAAUACUGGGUAUCCACGCAUGUCUCAGACCACAGUGGAUUUCAUUACCGCCAGUUCUUACUCAAGUCCUUGCUUGGCAGAACAGUGACUGACAAUAAUGUACUGGUACAAAAUCAAAUGGUAAAUGAGCAAAACCCUAGCCUUCAAAAGGAGGAGGAGGAGGGUGCAGGGGCAGAAGCUGCCUGUGCAGAGGAGCAGAGCGUGGAUCUCCCCCGCCGUUUAGAGGAAGAGUUAGAGCUCUGCACUGAACUGAUUGAUACUUAUCCAGGGCAUGAAACCUUGUGGUGUCAUAGAAGGUGUGUGUUCUACCUUCAGCACCACCUAAGCAACAAAAUUCCUCUUCUGAGUGCAGUGGUAUCAUCUGUGGACAGCAGUGAUGAAACUCUGAGUAAUUCCCACCACAGUCCAGCGACAAGUCACAUGGCACAAGCUAUGGAUGUAGAUGGUUUGAAUGAAUCCAGCAGCAAACAAGGUUAUACCCAAGAAACAAAACGCCUGAAGCGUGCUCCUGUGCAGGACUCUCUUGGUCCAGAAGUGGAAUAUCGGUUCAUUGAUAAAGUAUUAUCAACUUGUAGGGAUGCGGACCAAGCCAGGUUUGCUACUGCUUAUAGGAAAUGGCUAGUUACUUUUUUAAGUCAGUGAAGGAAGUGUUUAAAGCAUUCAGGGUUCUUUUAGUGCAAUAUUCUCUUUUCAGACACAAAUGCAUGUCUUGGUUGCAAGUGUAAGCUAACCAUGUGUUUCUCACUCUUUUAAUGGUAAGUCCUAAA